CUCCGCUCGCGCAAGGAAUGUGCUUGCGUUGCGCAGGAAACCGCUAGUUUCUCAAGACUUACAAAUGCGGUGGAUGCACUGUAAACCGUAUUGAAUUCACAAUUUAGUAGAAAGCCAACAGAAGAACAUCUAUAAUAACAUAGCUUUAUAAAAACCUUUCCCAGCAGCCACCUGGAGUAUUUUUUGUGGAGCGGGUGUCGUUUAUCUGAGGACUUGAGUUUUAGAUUUCACUCAGCGACCGUUGACUUUUGUCACACUGUUGUGUCAGUGUAAAAACCUACUUUACAAGUCUUUUUUCGUCGAGAAAAGAGGAUUACGCUUUGAAGAUGUCCGUGGCGGGCUUAAAGAAGCAGUUUUACAAAGCCAGCCAGAUGGUGAGUGAGAAGGUUGGUGGUGCUGAGGGAACUAAACUGGACGAGGAGUUCAAGGACCUGGAGAGAAAAGUAGAUGUGACAAAUAAAGCUGUAAUAGAAGUCAUCUCUAAAACAUCAGAGUACCUGCAGCCCAAUCCAGCAUCUCGUGCAAAGCUCUCUAUGUUGAACACCAUGUCUAAGAUUAGAGGGCAGGUGAAGAGUCCAGGUUAUCCACAGGUAGAGGGGCUGCUGGGAGAAUGCAUGGCAAAGUAUGGCAGAGAACUCGGAGAGGACACAAACUUUGGUGGUGCUCUAGUUGAUGUUGGUGAAAGUAUGAAGAGGCUAGCAGAGGUGAAGGAUUCAUUGGACAUUGAUGUCAAACAGAAUUUCAUCGACCCGUUACAAGGCCUGUCUGACAAGGACCUGAGAGAAAUACAGCACCAUUUGAAAAAGCUUGAAGGACGCAGGCUGGAUUAUGACUACAAGAAGAAACGUCAGGGGAAAAUUCCAGAUGAAGAGGUCAGGCAGGCUCUGGAGAAGUUCCAUGAAUCUAAGGAAGUGGCUGAGAUCAGCAUGUACAACCUUCUGGAAACUGAUAUCGAGCAGGUGAGCCAGCUGUCGUCACUGGUCGAGUCUCAAUUGCAGUACCACAAACAGGCUGUUCAGAUCCUGGAUGAGCUUUCUGACAAACUCAGAGACAGGAUGAAAGAAGCUCAGUCACGUCCUCGUAAAGAGUAUGUGCCCAAGCCCAAGCCUGUAAUUGACUUUGGAGACACCAACGAACAGUCAAACGGUGGCUUCACCCCGGCAUCUGCUCCACCCAUGCGCAAUGCAGAGCCAUACCGCCAGUUUGGCAGAAUAUCCACGUGGAAACCCAGAUUGCCAGCGGAGCAGCCGUGCUGUAAAGCUCUUUAUGACUUCGAUCCGGAGAACGAAGGUGAAUUGGGCUUCCACGAGGGUGACAUCAUCACUCUGACCAAUCAGAUCGAUGAAAACUGGUAUGAAGGCAUGCUGCGUGGUCAAUCUGGAUUCUUCCCUCUCAACUACGUGGAGGUAAUCGUUCCUCUGCCACACUAAGAGGUCUUCGUUGAGGAAAAGAGGGGAGAGAGAGAAAGAGCAAUAAAAAAAGUGAAAGGGAGAAAGCUGGAUGGAAGUGAGGUAGGGAGAAAGGAGCCAGUUGAAGUCAUCUUGGUCUUCAUCCUCACCACAUUGUUGCCGUUGAUCCAAAUUUACCUGUACUCUGGCACUUUUACACAUUGAUUGAUUUUUUGAAGGAGGGAACUUUGGGAAAUGAUGACCUUUCACAUUCCAGGACUGACUGACUGACUGGCCGGUUGACUGACGUAUGAACGUUAUAACCUGGUCCUUAAGCUAACAUUUCAGACACACUAACUCACUUCAUUGUCCAAGUCUUUUAAUAAUGUCUCAUACUGUUUGUGCUGCAUGAACUGAAAAGAAAUGACUACAGACUAUGAUAUCCCUGUGGUGAAAUUAUCAUGCUUUUAAAGAGUAGACAGGCUGUUCUUAAUCAGUACAAAUUCUCAAUUGUUGGAUUGUGAGAAGUUGCAUUUUGACUGGUCCCCUUACUGCCCCUGCUGGUCAGGCUGCGACAUUGACUUUCUCAGAUUAGGGAGAAACUGCCUUGUAUCUGUGACCAACACGUGAGCACUGUGGGGCUGUGCAAUGUCCCAAUGUGCAGCAAUCCUGAGCCACAGGCCUGUAGAAAGGACAUUUUUGUACACUCCAUAAUUGUAACAUUUUUCUAUAGCUUUUUUUCAUCUAAUAUUUUUUACAAGAUAUUAGAAAUUAGACGCUGAAUUGCACCUUGGAUUAUGGCAUAAAGGUGAGGUAAAACACCUAAGGGAUGUGUUUAGUCAGGUAGAGAGGGUUUUACUGCACUACAACCGUUCUGAAACACUUUGUGCCCCCUUACAACUCUCUAAGGGUGGCAGACAAACCAUUUACACACUGUUUUCUGAAGGAAACACAGCCAAAUAGUUCUUCUUCCGGCAGCCUGAAUAAUAGUCUUCCUCUCUCUUUCUCCUCUUUUGAUGUCAGUUUACAGUAGUCUCUACAUCUGAUGCUGCUGGCAGUGUCCCGUUAUUUCAGGUGUGUAUAUGUGGGCCUGUUUAGGGUGGAUGUUGGCUCAUAAGCCCCAUAUUAAAGUCUAAUUAACAGAGAAUGUUUUGAUAUUAAAAAAAAAAAUCUUCCCAUCUUCAGAAAUGAAGGGAUGGUGCUACAUCUCUUGCUCUCUCCCAUCACUUGCAAUGUAUUUUCUGAGCUUUAAGAGUGAUUGAAGAUCUAGUUUCUUCAGUGUUCCCUAGUUUUUAGGAUGUUUUUUUUUCAAAUGCUAUUCCGUCACACUCCAUAAAAGCAUGGACCUACACACCCUCCACCCCGACUCCCACGUCCUGUCUGCAUAGAGCACCUAUGUGUCCUUUUCCUCUCAGCAUCUGUUUACAUGUUUUGUCCACGGUUUGUUUGUUUUUUUGCUCAUCAUAACAGACGGUAGUAGAUGUGCUGAAGCAGACAGGCUAUGAUCACCGUUUCAAUGUGAAAAAAAAGAGUUUUAGUGCCUUUUCGAUGGCAAGAAUGGAUCUAGAACACCCAACAAAAUAUUCAUUUUGAUUUUCGAGCUAAUAUGUAGUUCCUGUCUGUCCUUUUUCUUUAUUUACGAAGGGCUUGUUGGUUUCAAUAUUUGGCAUGAGCUGUGACCAGAUGUACAAGCAUGUGUACAGAUGUGCCUUUGCAACACUACAAGUUUAAGAAAACAACAAAUGGGUUAUUUCUGUCUAAUCGAAUGAGGGUACCAGAAUGAUUUUCAUGAAAAGAAAUCAUUCUGGUUUUGCUCUUUUUAGUAUUAUAUUUUUUUUUAUAUGCAUACAAAACCAUUCAACCUUUUUUAUUAAUGAUUUUUGCAUGUUAGCUUAAUAGCAGGCUGAUGUAUGUUGUAGUUUUAAAGUCUCCUCUUGUAUGUUUCAGAUUUAACUGCAUUAUAUUGUUAUUCUUAAAUAUCCCAAACCCUAAAUAUUUGUAUCUUAUUGUGUCCACUCGUCUUUAAGUAAAUAAAUUCAAGAAAGUA